AUGCCAUUGCCAGAAGAUUCUUCUUUAUGUCAAGCAUACUGGUUCGGUUUCUGCCACAGCGAAUCUGUUGUUAAAAAUUUGCAUGUUGACGAGGACUUAUCUACGUAUUUAUCCUUAAAUGGCUCUAUGAUAUGGGGCUGCAAGUUGGAAAAAAUGGCUCAGGAAGAAGCAGAAAAAAGAGCUGAUAAAAAUGAUUGCGAUGCAAAAACAUAUUUACAAUCACAUCGUAGUAUUGAGAUCAAUGAAACUAGCAAAGGCCUUGCCACAAUCCUCUUCGUUCAGGAAGAAGGAAUGCACAAAAUGGUAAAAAAUUUGUAUAGCGACUCAAUAUUGCAUAAAAGCACGAAAGAUCUCGCAGAGAUAAAGAAAAUUGUUCAAGAAAAAAACCGUGUCGGUUGUGGCAUAGGUGUGUGUUCCAACAUCAAAGGACCAGUUACACUCUAUCUCGUCUGUAAGUUCAAUACGAAGAAAUAA